UUAUUAUCAAAACUCAGUGAAGACAAUAUAAGGGAGGAAGCGCAGAUACCGAGCAGCGUGUGUUACAAAGAGAAGUAGUGAAAGUGAGAGAUGGAGGUUCCCGGUUCAUCGAAGAAGAUGAUAGCGACGCAAGAGGAGAUGGUGGAAGCCAAGGUUCCCCUUGCAUACAGGGACCAGUGCGCACACCUCCUCAUACCUCUCAACAAGUGCCGCCAGGCCGAGCUCUACCUUCCAUGGAAGUGUGAGAACGAGCGUCACUCCUACGAGAAGUGCCAGUACGAGCUCCUCAUGGAGCGCAUGCUUCAGAUGCAGAAGAUCAAGGAACGAGCCUCCCUUAACCACUCCCAAUCCAAGGGCGCCGCCUUUCCCGUCAUCCCUAAAACCGCCAAUGCCUGAUUCGUUCCAGGAACCUUUGCUUGGGUGGGAGUUCCUUCAUGUUUUUCAGUUGUGUGAAGUCAAAAUUAACUUGGAUUGUUUGUCCAGAGACUAAAAUUAACUUGGAUUGUUUGUCCAGAGACUACCAAAGACUGUUUAUACUUUAAUUCUCGCAAUUUCUCAUCAUGGACACAUGUUUUUACUUGAAAGUAAUAAAAUUUUCUUAACUUUUCAUAAGUGGAGAUAUGGUUGGUUUGCCACUUCUAUUCCCUGACCAAUCAUCACAUAUGUUUGAAAUAUUUUUGUUAAAGGAUCCGGAUCUCAUUAUAUAUCACUCAAGUACUGAUAAACCCUGUAAUUACCUUAUGUGCUAAGAGACUGCCUGCUUUUCUAUAAAUGAAGAAGCCAGUUCUUGGAUUUUGUCA